AUGUAAAAACUUAUAAUAAUCCUAUUAUUAAUAACCUUUGUUUUUGGUCUAAAAGUCCUCGAACACUAAUGUGGCCAUGAUAAAUUUAGAGAAAACUAUAAAUAUGAAUCAAUCCCUUAAGAUCCUGUCGAAGAAUCUUCAGAUAUUCAAACAGAUAUGAGAUUUAAAUAAAGUAGUGGAAAAUGUGGAUUAGUUACAAUUCCUAAUAUAGACAAAACUUAGGGAAAAAAUUCUGAUUUACAUUUAUAUAUAUCAUAUACAGUUGAACGAGGUAAAAAUACUUUAGCUCAUGCUGGUUGGUGUUAAUUUAUAGAUAAUUUAGGACCUACUCAUGGUACAGUUAACUUUAAUAUAGGUUUAUUAGCUACCAAAAAUCUACAUGAUCCUAUUGAAUUUGAAGAUUUAAUGGAAAUAGUUAUCCAUGAAAUGACUCACAUAUUAGGUUUUAGCGAUGAUGAUGUACCAAAAUGGAUAAAUUCUAAAGGAAAGCCUCAUACUGUCCCUAUUGUUAAAUAUGUAACAAGGGGAGUUUAAAGAAUGUUUCUCAGAACUCCUCAUGUUUUGGCAUUCGCUAAAAAAUAUUACGCAUGUGAAACAUUACUUGGUAUGCCUCUUGAAAAUUAAGGAGGAAGCGGAUCUGCAGGAUCUCAUUGGGAAAAAACAGCCAUCGCCGACGAAUACAUGAAUGCAAGUAGAUCAUUUACUUAGGCCCAUUUUAGUGGUUUUACAACCAAUCUUUUAAGAGACACAGGUUUCUAUGCUGAAGUAAACGCCUCUAUGGAGGAAAAAACAACUUAUGGAUAAGGAAAAGGCUGUCAAUUCAUCACUGGUUAAUGUGACUAAAAAUUAAGAGAAUUUUGUACACCUGUAUAAGACGAUGGAUUAUGUGAUUUUUAUCACUAUGGAUCCUCUGGUUGCAGUGUUGGAGAGUAUAAUGACCCUGAUUGUUAUACUAGUAUUAUCUAUGAUAAUGUAAAAUGCUGGGAUACUAAAAGAAAUAAAAAGGUUGUUUGUACUUAAAACUUAGCCAAAAUGAAAGUUAAUGGAUUUAAUGGAUAUAUUUAAUGUCCCGAAAAUAUAUAAGAGUUUUGUGAGUUUAAAAAAUUCUGUCCAAAUUUCUGUAGUGCAAAUGGAUUUUGCUUAAAAGGAUUGUGCUAUUGCGCAAAAGGGUAUUAUGGAUAAGACUGCUCAAAUUAUAAAAGUUCGUGA